GCGGAUCAGAAGGGGGUCUCGGCGCGGAAGAUGGCCGGCGGCGUGGAUGGCCCCAUCGGGAUCCCGUUCCCUGACCACAGCAGCGACAUCCUGAGCGGACUCAACGAGCAGCGGACGCAGGGCCUGCUGUGCGACGUGGUGAUCCUGGUGGAGGGCCGAGAGUUCCCCACUCACCGCUCCGUGCUGGCCGCCUGCAGCCAGUACUUCAAGAAGCUGUUCACGUCGGGCGCCGUGGUGGACCAGCAGAACGUGUACGAGAUCGACUUCGUCAGCGCCGAGGCGCUCACGGCCCUCAUGGACUUCGCCUACACGGCCACGCUCACCGUCAGCACGGCCAACGUGGGCGACAUCCUCAGCGCCGCCCGCCUGCUCGAGAUCCCCGCCGUGAGCCAUGUCUGCGCCGACCUCCUCGACCGGCAGAUCCUGGCGGCUGACGCGGGCGCCGACGCCGGGCAGCUGGACCUCGUAGAUCAGACCGACCAGCGGAACCUCCUCCGGGCCAAGGAGUACCUCGAGUUCUUCCAGAGCAACCCCAUGAACAGCCUGCCCCCUGCCGCCGCCGCCGCCGCCGCCGCCUUCCCCUGGUCUGCCUUCGGCGCGUCCGAUGACGACCUGGAUGCCACCAAGGAGGCCGUGGCCGCGGCCGUGGCCGCCGUGGCCACCGGCGACUGCAACGGCUUGGACUUCUACGGGCCGGGACCGCCGGCCGAUCGGCCCUCGGCUGGGGAUGGGGAUGAGGGCGACAGCAACCCAGGUCUGUGGCCAGAGCGGGACGAGGACGCCCCAGCCGGGGGCCUCUUCCCGCCCCCUGUGGCCCCACCGGCCACCGCCACGCAGAAUGGCCACUACGGCCGGGGCGGGGAGGAGGAGGCGGCCUCGCUGUCGGAGGCAGCCCCCGAGCCGGGCGACUCUCCGGGCUUCCUGUCGGGUGCGGCCGAGGACGGGGACGGGGACGGGCCCGACGUGGACGGGCUGGCGGCCAGCACGCUGCUGCAGCAGAUGAUGUCAUCAGUGGGCCGGGCGGGGGCGGCGGCGGCGGCGGGGGACAGCGACGACGAGUCGCGGGCGGACGACAAGGGCGUCGUGGACUACUACCUGAAGUACUUCAGCGGCGCCCACGAUGGGGAUGUUUACCCGGCCUGGUCGCAGAAGGUGGAAAAGAAGAUCCGGGCCAAGGCCUUCCAGAAGUGCCCCAUCUGCGAGAAGGUCAUCCAGGGCGCCGGCAAGCUGCCGCGGCACAUCCGGACCCACACCGGGGAGAAGCCCUAUGAGUGCAACAUCUGCAAGGUCCGCUUCACCAGGCAGGACAAGCUCAAGGUGCACAUGAGGAAGCACACGGGCGAGAAGCCAUAUCUUUGCCAGCAGUGCGGGGCGGCCUUCGCGCACAACUACGACCUGAAGAACCACAUGCGCGUGCACACGGGCCUGCGCCCCUAUCAGUGUGACAGCUGCUGCAAGACCUUCGUCCGCUCCGACCACCUGCACAGACACCUCAAGAAGGACGGCUGCAACGGCGUCCCCUCGCGCCGCGGCCGCAAGCCCCGCGUGCGGGGCGGGGGGCUCGGGGGGCCCGACCCCUCCCCGGGGGCCACCGCCCCGCCCGGCGCCCCGGCCCCGGCCGGCUCCCCCGACGCCCGGCGCAACGGCCAGGAGAAGCAC